AAGGCCAUCAUCACCCACCCAAGGGAAGUCUAUCCUCCUCCACUGCCUUGUUUGCAUUCCCUCUAUAGCCUUUUUUACCCCUACACCUUUGCCUCUAUCUUCGAUUGUGUAGUUCCAACUUUUUAGUUGUGGCUUUAUGCGUUCCUCCUCCCUUGUUAAAUAGUUUCUUUGUUUUAAGUAGUGGUGGUGAUUGUGAGGAGGGAGAUAGGGAGAGAUGAAGAGUUCUAGUAGUGGAUCAGCAGCUAAGAUGGAGAGGAAGACAGUGGAGAAGAACAGGAGAUUGCACAUGAAGAGUCUCUGCUUGAAGCUCUCCUCUCUCAUCCCAAAAGAACACAUAAGCACCUCAAAGGAUGUUUUGACCCAACAAGAUCACUUGGAUCUCGCGACAUCAUAUAUUAAAAUGCUUCAAGACAGGAUUGAAAAAUUGAAGCAAAGGAGGGAACUGCAAACAAGCGUUGAGGGAAUUAGCAACGAUAUCAGCAGGGAGAUGACAAUAGGCAUUAGGCUGCCUGUGAUUGAAGUAAGACAUCAAGAUUCGAACCUGGAGGUUGUUUUGAUAACUGGGCUUAACAAGAGUUUCAUGUUCCAUGAGGUGAUCAGCAUCCUUGAGGAAGAAGGCGCUGAAGUUGUCAGUGCCAGCUUCUCUGCUGUCGGUGACAAGAUCUUUCACAUAAUUCACUCCAAGGCAGUUAGCUCUAGAAUCGGCAUGGAGGCUUCAAGGGUAUCUGAGAGACUGAAGGAGUUGGUUCACUGAGCAAUUUUAGAUCCUCAGGAAGCUGCAACCCUAGAAACCAGAUCGAAAAGCAAAUUCGAUAGAAGGAAGAAACAUGUCGAACAGAGUUAUGAGUUAUAAUUGCCCUUGAAGCAUGAUUCUGAUGGCGAAAUGAGAAAAGCUUGUUGGCAACUGUACUCAAUGACAUAGAAUAUAGAGAGUAAUACCUACUCUAUGUUCUGUGUUAUUGAACAUAGAACAUAGAGAAGGUAUUGAAUAUAGAACAUAGAGAAGGUAUUACUCUCUUGUAUUGGUUGUUUCGGCUUCAAUGGUGCUCAACUUCUCUUUUUGCUCUUUAGAACAUUGAUACACUAGGAGGUUGUACCUUGCUCUGAGAAGGCAAUGUGUAUUAAGAAACUUUCCAAGAUAUCCCUGGCAGCCCUGUGCUCGAGAUAUAAUGCCAACUUUGAAGCUCUUUAACUAUGGAUAUGGCAUGAUUGAUAAAUUGUUAAAGCAUCUGCUUCAAUUGGACAUGGAGGAUGAUCAUGUGGAAGAGUACGCAUUAACUCAGGCAUAUAACAUUAUGUAUGUCCAUGAAACUUAUAUUGGAGAACAAUAGCAUACACUCACAUGGGUGCAAGUAACAAGCUUCUCCAUGUUGACGUUUUUAUCUACAUGUGCCUGCAGAUUAAGCACAUCUAUACAUUAGUCAUGCCACACUAGUUUGGAUAAGGGAUAGAGGAUAUCCGUAAUCUUAAUCAUUUCCACCAGGGCUGUUAGGUUCUUCUCUUACUUGGUUAACAUAAACUUCUCACUUUAAGGCCCAUGCCUAACAACUUUGUUUUAUUAUUACCAUUUCCCUCCAACUCUGGUUUACAUGCAAAUCACCAUAAUAUGUUUGAUGGGAGUCAUACAUUUUUGGGUUAUCCAUCUGCAUGAAGACAACUGCAUUGCUUCACAGUGUUUAUCUAUGAUGGGUCUUGUGGGUAUUUAUCUAAACACUUUCAGGAUGUAUUACUGGUUUGGAUUGUGGGUAGCUUUUGUCUGUUUUAU